GAAUGUGUCCGUCACCCCAACGGCUUGAAACCUUGGUAGUGAUUGUAUCCGUCACCCCAACAGGUUGAAUCCUUGGCAGUGAAUGUGUCCGUCACCCCAACGGCUUGAAACCUUGGCAGUAAUUGUGUCCGUCACCCCAACGGCUUGAAUCAUUGGCAGUGAUUGUAUCCGUCACCCCAACGGCUUGAAUCCUUGGUAGUGAUUGUGUCCGUCACCCCAACGGACACAAUUAGAAGGGAAAAUCAGAAGGGAAAAGAUCAGAGAGAGAGAGAAAGAAAUUGAGAGCUAAAGAAGUCGUUACAAAAUAAUUCGGCACAAACCUAUCACUGCUUUGUUGUCACCUAUCGAGUUGGACCCCUACAUCCCUUUACAUACGGCUUCCGAAGACUUGAUCUAUACAGGAAUUUGAAACUACUGUGAGAUUCUCGAGAAAGGGCACUCCAAAUCAAUUGGUUCAUUCCCUAUCUCAAUCCUUCAUCCUUUUUCUGAAGACCUUCACUGCUCUGAAUUUAAUACUCUUCUUAAGUGAAUGAAGCAUGAAAAACUGAAGUGGGAUAAUUCUUUUAAUGUCCGCGGCAUUUCUACCCAUUUGCAAUCCCCUAUAUGGAUUUUUUGGUUAAAUGACGUUCUUUCCACAUUUGCCCCUAUUUUGAAGAAGUGUGGGAUUUAUGCUGCAAUCUAUGUAUCCCAAUUUGCUUAUGCUAGGAAUGUUUCCCUCCUCAAAGGAUUCUGAGAGUGGUGGUCACCCGACACCAACACUUUCCACACCAUUUACGGCGAACUUGGGAUCUCUUUAUGGGACCUUCAUCGCAUUAGCGGGCUCCCCAUUUGUGGCGAGUUUUAUGAAGAGUUCACCCCCUCCAAUGACAUUUUAUAUUCGUCCUAGACAUCCAAGGCGUGCCGUGGGCUUUUCAACAUUUAUGCCAGCUCUUGUCAAUCCAAGAAGUUUAACCACUGGACUUUCAAAUUCAGUGACGAAUCCCCAACUUCAAUUAGUGGUUUUCAAUGAAAAGAUAGAAUUCCUGAUGAUGUGUAUCUUUCUGGUUUUUUGAUGAGCUGGCUUAGCGAAUUUGUCUUCCCUCACUCUUCCGGAGAAAUUUGUCCGACGACCUUUCAUGUAGCCACCAAAAUGGCAGGUGGAACCUUGUUUAGCCUGGCCAUCCCCGUCCUUGCAUACCUCUAUCUUUCUCUUGGUAAAAUGGCAUCAUCAUCUUCACCUGGGAAGGAAAAUAUUCAGGGUCCUUUACAUUACCUUUUUGGAUGGAUUUCACUAUAUUUUGUCAAGACUUACUCUCAUGGGGAUCCUCAGUCGAUUUGUCCGAUUCCUGAUAUUCAUUUCAUGCCAUAUCUUGGGUUUAUUGGAAACCAAUUGGCUGCCCAGUUUUUUACUGAUAAAUUUCCAUUUGUGGACUCUCUCCUAACUUAUCGUACGGAGUGUCAAUUUAGGGCUCUUACUCAUGAAAGUCAACCUUCAGGCAUUCUGGUCGACUCUGAAAGGAUAUCACCUUUCCACCUUGGCUAUCUUAUAUCUUUGAGGCAAGGGAUUUUAACUUUUAAAAUGGGAUUUAAUUUCAUUUAUGAACCGUACUCCCCUAACCGAUACGGUCGUCAAUUUGGGUUUGCUCAAGCAUGCCCUAUACCGCUUAAUGUAUCUUGUCGGCAGCCCUCUGAGUGGUCUAAAUUUUAUUACAACUGGCGCCAUAUGCUACGCUGCGGUACAAAAGUCUCAUUGGAAUUACCAGGCUCAUGAUCUACUUCUCACGUAACCAUGCCUUAUGCCAAUUGGUGGUUGGGAACUUCCUUUACCGUGCUCCAAUAUGUUACUCAUUCCCAGCCGAAAUCUUCACGCAAGAGAAAACUGGAUAUGCCAAUUAAAAACCGAAAGAUGAAGAAUCCUUCUUACUCUAGAGCUAGGUCAUCAUCUUCACCUAUUGCUCUGGAAGCAUCAUCACCUCAGAGAAUGGAUAAUAGUUGACCACUUAUUGCUCCUUCUCGGUCUAAUUACUCGAUUUCAGAUCUCCUUCAUCUUUUCGAGGAUAUGUGUAAUUUUCAAUUUAAAAUGAGAUUUAGCUUUGAGCUAGUAGAUUCUGGCCCUCAAUUUGCUUGUCUCGCAAAUCUUUUUCCAGAGACUAUGUCUAUCAGUGAUUGUACAGGAAUUUCCCAACCCACCGUAGCGACCAAAACCCCAAUGGAUCAAUUUCGCACAUACUUGUACUCUUUUCUUGAAGAUAAAGAUGAGAAUAUGAUUCAAGAACUCUUUGAGGGAGAUGGGUAUGAACUAACUGCCUUGGGUCGUAUACGCAUUAAGAGUGUUGAAAUUCCUUCUCCUACCAAAUCUUUUGAUUGUUCUCUCAAUGGAAGUAGCGAGAGUGAAGAUGAGUUUUAUGACUACACCCCUCUUUUAGAUGGCACACCGACUAAGAUGAGUAAAUCGCCUUCAGCAAAUGUAGCUUUUUCUUCUCCUUCGAACGAGUCAUCCAAGCUAUUAGAGAAAGGCACUGCGCCUCGGACUUCCCCAGCUGCCUCGCGUAUGCCAUUGGCUACCUUUAAGGAUCAUGCCACAUUGCAAAAUCCAUGGUCCAUUUGUGGGAAUCACAACUUGUCUCCUCCACCUAAGUCUCUUCAAGCUGUACACCAAGGUAUACUUCAUUCAUCUAUAUAUAUAUAUAUAUUGUUUUUACCUUCUACGUUUUCAUUGAGUAUCUUCUUCUAUUUUCAUAGAAAAUACUUCUGACACAUUGGAAGAGACAGACGAAAUUACUUCUGAUACCUCGGAAGAGGCCCAAAUUCUUGCUGACUUACUUGAAGCAAAUGGGGUUAACAAAUUAUUUGACAAACUUGAAGCACCCUUUGCUCCAUCUAACCUUCUUUUGGGAACUUCCUCUAACGAAGCAGCCACCCAUAUUCAGAAAGGUCUUACUAUUUCUCUCCAAUCAAUGACGGAUGUUAAUGGCAUGAUUGCUGUAGCAAACAACGUUUUCAAGAUUUUGAAGAGUUUGGGUGUAGACUUCAUCUCCUUUUAUGAGAAGGUGAAGAUAUUCCUUGGGUGCUUUGCUUUGAAAACCCAACUUGCAGAUUCUUCAAACUUGUCUACUGCAGAAUUUGAGGCCCAAUAUUGUGAGAAGAAGCUUCAUUUUGACAAAGUUUCUGGCGAACAUGAAUAGUUGUUUGCUUCAAUUAUCAAGUCAGAUGAGCACAUUGCGGGUCUUAAUCAAAGGAUUAUUCAAACCAAAGAGUUACUCAAACAACUUGAAGAGGAAUUGUCAUCCACCCAAGCGGAACAUGCAUCCUUUAUGUGUGAUUUUGCACAAGCUUCCGAGAGUGUUUCUAAAUCAGAAGAAGACGUGCAAACUGCUCUGAAUGUUUUGAGCCAACACAAGAAGAAUGAUGGACAACACAGUGUUGUGGAACGUGCUUUUGAAAGGGCUAAGGCUUCUCUUAAUGAAUGGAUGCACUUUUAUUUUUUUAUUCAUCCGAACAUAAUGUAUUUAUGAAAUUUCGCUCAAUGAUAGAUUUAUUUGUUACAUGAAAUUUCUCAAUACAAUACAUUGAUUUGUCUUAUUUUAGCCGUUCAUAGUUUAUACUUUUGUUGGCCAGGAGUAUUCAAUGUUUUACCACCUUAGAUUUCGGUGGGAUAUUUUAGCAAUUUAACCACAUACAAUACCGUUGGUGGUUUUUUGACUUUUGUUUGGCUGUACAGAGUUUAUACUCUUGCGGGCCAGGAGUAUCCAAUGUUUUACCACCUUAGAUUUCGGUGGGAUAUUUUAGCAG